AUGUCCAACCCGAACUCAGACUCAUCAUCACCGCCCUCAACAAACACAAAUCCUGCCAGCAGUGACCACUCGAAAUGCCCCUUCGGCUCCCCAAAUAGAUACACCACCACCCACGAUACGACCACCCACAACGCCAUCUUCUUCCCGUCCGAUAGCACCACCCUUCCCUCCCCUAUCCCCUCCUACACCGCCGGAGGCAUGGUCGUGCACGACGCCUGGUCAACAACAACGACAACCCACCCCUCCUCCCGGCUCUCAUUCACCUCCGACGCCGACAUCUCCUCCUCCCCUCACUUAUUACCACCACCACCAACCCGCAGUAUCUGGUUCCCCUCCCCGGGCGAAACACUCCUCCGAUACUGCGACUGGCCCCCCGGCGCCACCCUCCCCCUGCACCGGACCGAGACGCUCGACCUGGGGGUGUGUGUGGCGGGGAGCAUGGAACUGACGCUCGAUUCCGGGCAGACCAGAACGCUGCGGGUCGGGGACGUGGUGGUGCAGCGGGGCACGAUGCACGCGUGGCGAAAUGCGAGUGGCACGGAGUGGGCGAGGGUCGUGUUUUUCCUGGCUGGCGCGGAGGCUGUGGAUGUUGGGGGAGGCGGGGUGGUGAUGAGGGAGGUUUUGCCGUGGGCUGCAAGUGGUGGUGGUGGUGGUUCUGAGUCUGAUAUAGUUAAAGAAUAA